AUGAAGAGCAAGCGCGGGCGCGAGGAGCCCUGCUUCGUGUGCAGCCACUACCACGACUACGAGGGCGGCGUGCCGUGCAGCGUGUGCGGCCACGUCCUGAGCCCCGCCCCCGCGCCCGCGCCCACCACGCCCAUCAAGGAGCCCUCCCUCAUCCUGCAGGACUUCCUGUACCUGGGCGGCUAUGACGCCUCCAGCCGCUGCGAGUUGCUCAAGGCCUACGGCGUGAGCCACGUGCUCAACCUGGUGCCCGGCCUGCAGCCCCUGUUCAAGAACACGUUCACCUACCACACCGUCGCCGGCAACCCCCCCUGCCUGCGCGAGUGUUUCGAGUUUUUGGAUGCCUGCGCGGCGGGCGGCCAGCGCGUGCUGGUGUAUUGCAUGACCGGCCAGAGCAGGUCCCCCACGGUGGUGAUCGCGUAUUUGAUGAAGGUGAGGGGCUGGCGGCUGGCGGAGAGCUACCGGUGGGUGAAGGAGCGGCGGGAGGUGGUCAAGCUGGGCGAGGGGGACUUCAGGCGGCUGCAGGAGGCGGAGGUGGAGCUGCACGGCGCAUGCUCCGUGCAGGCCAGGGAGAUGCUGGACGGCGAGCCUGGCGGCGGGCCCUUCAGGCUGCCCCCCGGAUCGGAGGCGUUCGUCCAGAUGCCGGCGGCGGGGGACAACCCGUUUGGGCAGCCCUGCGGGGAGGGCGGGGAGGGGCCAGCGUUUGGGUCGGAGAUGGGCAACGGGGAGUGGGGGAGGGCCGGAGGAGGCCAGUUCGUCUUCAGGGGGCAGGGGGGGACGGUGGAGGAGCAGGCGAUGGAGAGCUGA